AUGCAAUUCACAAUUUCCUUAGCUUCCGCCUUAAUGGUUUUACAAUUCGUCGCUGCUCAAAAGACUGUUUAUGUGACUCAAACUCUUUUCACCACCAUUCUUCCAGGCCAAAGUGAACCAACCACUGUAGCUGCACCUGUUGCCGUUCAAGUUGAAUCUCCAAAGGUUGAAACUGAAGUAGCUACAGACUCUCCAGCUACAUCUCCAAAGGUUGAAACUGAAGCAGCUCCAUCUCCAGCUGUUGCCGAAACCACACAAACUCCAGCAAAGAAGGAACCUGCUGCCACCACCACUGCCACUACUGCUGCUGCCCUGACUCAAACUAGUGGUUCUUCAGACUCUGGUAUUUAUGCUGAUAUUUCCAAGUCUAGUAACCUUGAUGCCUCCUUUGCCAAGGCUAUCUUGGAUGCCCAUAACGAAAAGAGAGCUUUACAUUCCGCUCCAAACUUGUCUUGGGACAAAACCGUUUAUGAAUACGCUCAAGCUUACGCUGACAAGUACGAUUGUCUGGGAGGUUUGACCCAUUCCGGUGGUAAGUAUGGUGAAAACUUGGCUGUUGGUUACGCCAAUGGUCCAGCUGCAUUGGAUGCUUGGUACUCUGAAGGUUCCAACUAUGAUUACAGCUCUUUAACCGCCUAUGACCAUUUCACUCAAGUCGUCUGGAAAUCAACCACCAAGCUUGGUUGUGCCAUCAAGGACUGUUCUGCCAACAACUGGGGCCACUAUGUUAUCUGUUCUUAUGAUCCAGCCGGUAACAUGAUGGGUGCCCAAACCAAGAACGUUUUUCCAAACUAG